GUCCUUUUUGGUAGCUGGGACAGUUGGGAUAAAAAUGCUAUGAUAUAAAACUUUUAAGAUAUAUAAAAAUGGUCUGAAACCAAGAGAUUAAAAAUCAAUAGGUCGACCAUAAACUUGUGUCUUACACUCUGGUACUGAAAACGAAACCUCUGAAAGUGUCGUAUAUGUCACCAAUAAAAUCCAAGGCUCGUACGCCGUGUUCAUCGCACAAAACAGAAUGCCACUUAAUGACGUACGAGGCAUUCACAUCAUAGACGUAGCUUUAAAUCUUAAACUCAGAUAAGCCUGCAGCAACGCCACUCACUCCCGUCCCCCUUCACUUCACGCUUACGCACACAGCGCUUCUCUCCUCCAGAUCCAGAACAAUGGCGUCGUUGGAAGCUCAGCCAGUUGCGGCCACCACAAACGUCUUUCAACCUGGGGGCGUCGAGUGCAAGAAAUUCAAAGUUGAUUCCUCACCCCCAAAACCGUUACUAAUCUUCACGCCGAUCGUGGCCGGCGAAUACCCAGUAAUCUUGUUUUGCCAUGGUUUCGCCCUCCCCCGCAGCUUCUACUCAGAUCUCCUCCACCACAUAGCCUCUCAUGGAUACAUAGUCGUCGCUCCUCAGUUCUGUGUGAUCUACGAAUGGAUGCCUAUGUUGCCAUAUUGUGAGAUUAAGUGCGCGGGACAAGUAGCUGACUGGAUAGCCGAAAAGCUUCAGUCUCUGCUUCCUGAGAACGUGAUAGCAAACGUAGGCAAAUUUGUUAUGGCAGGGCACAGUAGGGGUGGGAAGACGGCGUUUGCAGUCGCUCUCGGCUAUGCCAAAACCAAGCUCAGCAUCUCAGCGCUAGUUGGUGUAGACCCUGUGGCUGGGGCCAACAAGUAUUGCAGAACGUCUCCUUGGAUCCUCAAUGGCAAGCCCGGGUCUUUCAAGCUGAGCAUGCCCGUUGCUAUAAUUGGGACGGGCUUGGGCCCAGAAAAAGCCGAUUAUUGUUGUUCCAAACCCUGUGCUCCUGAGGGUGUGAAUCAUAAGAAUUUCUUCUUGGACAGCAAUCCUCCUUGUGCUUAUUUUGUGGCCAAGGAGUACGGUCACAUGGACAUGUUAAAUGACAACCUAGAAGGAGUUCUCGGGGAUGUGGCGAACUGUUUGUGUAAGAAUGGGACGGGUCAUAAGGACUGCAUGAGAAGAACGGUCGGUGGCUUGAUCGUUGCCUUCUUGAGGGCUCAUUUGGACCUGCACACUCACGAUCUGGACGCCAUUGUUGCCAACCCUAGUCUUGCUCCUGCCACGCUCGAUCCUGCUAAGUAUAUAAAAGCACCCUAAAGGACUGAUGAGGCACUUAAGUCCUUCCUUGUUCUCUUGUCUUUUUCAAAUUUUAAAUUCCUGAGGUUUGAAUGUAUCUAAUCUUUAAAAUUUUAGCAUCUGGUGGCGGUGUCUUUUUCCAUAAGCUAAGUUUUCAAGUGUUCUCUGCGAAUAAAUUAAUUAGUAUGAGAUUCUCAAACAGUGU